UCGUCCACCGCAGAGACGGGCAUGCCGGGAUAGGGUAUCGUCCCGUGAUAGUUUGCAGAUCCAAAGGCAUGCCGGGAUGGGGUAAUUUCCCUUUUCGACUAGUUCAUAUUUCUAGAGAGGAAUUGUUCUUUGUCGAAUUUCGCUCCUCAUCUGUUGAUUCUGUGUGUCCUACGCUCCCAUACAAAAGGAUACAUACAAGGCACUUUCCACUAACUGGAUCACAGCGCUAUUCUCGCUAUCUUGACCUUUCUCUCUAAGAAUGGGAGGCCACGGUUGGCAAUCGACCAUGAUGCCAUCUAAAUAUGCUGAAGUACUGAAGUUGCCGACUUUAAAGACACUCGGAAGAAUAAAAAGAAGUUCAGGUAAUCGCUGGAAUCAGUGCCCAGGUUUCUUCUCGGGUAAUCGGAUUAACAAGGCAGCAAUCAAGAUGAUAAAGGAAACGGAGGAGGGUGACGACAACUGCAGUUUCAGAAAUUAUGACGAGGACAAGCACGACGAUGAUCGUUACAAUCAUGGCGGCUGUGAUGACCAUUAUUUUGAUGUUACCAUUUGUUUUGCUGCUGUAAGAGUUGUUUGCGUUGCUUCGGCUGGGAACGCUAAUGUUACCGUUGUAGACGCUGAUGUUGGUGGAUCUGGUUGUUCUAGUGGUGACUGUUGUAGUAAGGGUGGCGGCAUUGGCAGUGGUGGCGACAUUGUUAGCAAUUAUAAAAGUGGUAGUCGUAGUGGCCGUAAUAAUGAUGGUGGCGAUGGUAUAGGCGAUAAUGGCAAUCAUUGUGGCAAUUAUGGUGGAGAUGGUUGUAAUGAUGAGUGUGGUGAUGGAAGUAAUAACGAUCACGGCAGCGGUGGUGUUAAUAGUGAUAAAUGCGGUGGAAAUGAUGGUGAUGGCUGCAAAGGUGGCGAUGACGGAGUUGGUGAUGGUGGUGGUAGUGGUCAAGAAGAUGGUGGCGGUGACAGAAGUGACGGCGGUGGUGCUGAUGGGGGUAGUCAAGACGGUGGCGGUUAUGAUGAUGAUGGUAUCGAGAAUAGUGACGAAGCUAAUGAUGAUGGCGGCAGUGGCAGUGAUGGUGAUCCCCAAGGUGGUUGUCAAGGAAGCGGCGGUGGUGAUUGUUAUGGUUUUGAUGCCAGUGGUGAUGAGGAUGGUGGCGACAAUAGUCACGAUGCUAAAGAUGAUGGCGGCAGUGGUGGUGACAGUGGUCCCCAAGGUGGUUUUCAAGGGAGCGGCGGUGUUGAUGGUUAUGGUUUUGAUGCCAGUGGUGAUGAGGAUGAUAGCGACAAUAAUCACGAUGCUAAAGAUGAUGGCGGCAGUGGAAGUGACGGUCCUCAAGGUGGUUGUCAAGGGAGCGGCAGUGGUAAUGGUCAUGGUUUUGAUGGCAGUGGUGAUGAUGAUGGUAGCGGCAAUAGUCACGACGCUAAAGAUAAUGGCGGCAGUGGUGGCGGCAGUGGUGGCGACGGUGGUUCCCAAGGCGAUUGUCAAGGUAGCGGCGGUGGUGAUGGUUAUAGUUUUGAUGGCAGUGGUAAUGAUGAUAGCAGCGACAGUAGUGACGAUGCUAAUGAUGAUGGCGACAGUGGUGGUGAUGAUGGAGCCCAAGGUGGUUGUCAAGGGAGCGGCGGUGGUGAUGGUUGUGCCUUUUAUGGCUGUGGGGAUGAUGAUGGUAGCGAUAAUAGGGACAAUGCUAAUGAUGAUGGCGGCGGCGUUGGUAGCAGGGUAGGCCAAGGUAGUUGUCAAGGUGGCGGCGGUGAUGAUAAAGCUGUUGGCGAUGAUAGCGAUGAUGUUGAUGAUGGCGGUGGCGGUGUUGGUAGCAGUGCAGGCCAAGGUGGCUGUAAAAGGGGUGGCGGUGGUGAUGAUUAUGGUUUUGAUGGUGGUGGUGAUGAAGGUGGUGGCGAUGAUAAUGAUGAUGUUGACGAUGAUGGCGGCGGCGUUGGUGGCGGUGCAGGCGUUAGUGGUCAAGGUGGUAGUAACGUUGAUUAUGGUUUUGAUGGUGGUGGUGAUCGUAAAUGUUCUUUUGGUGAUGAUGCUGAUGACGAUUGCGGCGGCGGCGAAGACAGUGAUGGUUGCCAUUAUGAUUUUCAUUGUUUUGAUGGUGGUGGCGCUGAUGGUAGUGGAGAUGACGCGAACGGUGGCGUUAAUGACAGUUGUGGCGCUGAUUACGUAGAUGAUGCUAAUGGCGCUAAUGUCGCUGCUGCUUCUGCGGCUGUUGCUUUUGAUGAUGAUGAUGAUGGUGGUGGUGGUGGUGGUGGUGAUGAUGAUGAUGAUGGGGACGAGGAGGAGAACGACGAGGAGGAGGAGGAGGAGGAGGAUAAUUAUCAUGCUGACAAUUAUGAUGGUGAUGAUGACGAUGAUGAUGAUGAUGAUGGUUUGGAUGGUGGUGAUGACCUGGAUCAGUUAAUUGAAGAAUUCCUGUUUGCCACCUCCGGAAUCGCAUACGAAGUAUAGCUGAAUUUGCACCAAGACUAUUACUUGUUCCAGUCCUAUAAAGCUGUGUUAAGAUUCCUUUUUUUAACUUUGUUUUUUCACCUUCUGUUAUUGCUCCGGAAAGUAGUCAGUGCUUUUGAAUAGUUUCUAGUCGAAUUCUUGCGACGACGCUUUAUUGUAUCGCGCCAUUGCAGUGAUUUUCGUAGACCUUUUCCAUAUUAUCGUAUAUGUUAUAAUGUUUAUUAGCUGCCAAGUGUAACAUUAUGUCGAUUAGGCAAUCAUAUUUGAUGACGCAGUUCUAAGAAACAAAUCCGCUGUCUAUUUAUGAGCCCGCGCUAAUGGGAGGAAAUCGCCGGCCCAGUAACCAGCGUGUUCAGCCUCACGAAACAUCAACUAGCCAGCGUUGUCUAGCAAACCUUAUUUUACUUUAUGAAUGCUAAGGUAAGGAAUGAUAAUAUUAGGGAGUUUAGAAAACGACAACGGCAACGCCAACGUCGCUAAACAAAAGGUUCAAAGAGCAAUACAAUGGCGCUGCACGUCCAUAAUAAUUCUUGGUGCAUUUCUUGGCGGUCCUCUGAAAAAAAGACCACGUGAAAUGACCAAAUUCUGCGUUGUGUGGAGAACAUGAACCACAACGGAUAAUUUUGAAAAUUUAUAUUUCGAAUUUAACGCUGUGUUCCAUAACCAGAUUCGAGAAACAAGUUAAAUGAAUUUAGCCGGAGUAUCGCGAAAUUCGUAGGUAAAAUAUAAUGACUCCUCGCGUCGUCGUCCUAGCUUCUUAAACUCCCUAAUAUCUCAAAUUAUGGUAGAAAGAGAAUUUAGAAAACAGAAAAAUCUAGCUAGCUAUAGCUGUCGAAGCUUGCAUGACCUCCUUUUUUUAGAACCUUCAAAUAAACAACUUAAAACUCA